ACUCUUUUGGGCUAUCAAAGCUACCUACUGCAAGCGAAAAGAACUCCAGUUGCAUUGUAAGAGGAGCUUAAUUUCUUCUGGUUUUGUGGUUUUUGAUUUUGAGGGCUAAGGUGAAAGGAGGAAAAUGACAACUGUUGGCAGGAACAUUGCAGCUCCACUGCUGUUUCUUAACUUGAUCAUGUAUUUUAUUACCCUGGGCUUUGCUAGUUGGUGUCUUAAUAGGUAUAUCAAUGGCCAAACCUACCAUCCGAGUUUUGGAGGGAAUGGAGCUACAGGUUUCUUCCUCACCUUUGCCAUAUUAGCUUCUGUUGUUGGCAUAGUGUCCAAGUUCGCAGGUGGCACCCACAUCAGGGCCUGGAGGAAUGACAGUCUAGCUGCUGCUGGCGCAUCUUCAAUGAUAGCCUGGGCCAUCACUGCCCUAGCUUUUGGGUUUGCAUGCAAGCAAAUAAACUUAGGAGGGCACAGAGGUUGGAGACUCAAGGUAGUGGAGGCAUUUACAAUAAUAUUGACAUUUACCCAACUCUUGUAUCUCCUUAUGCUUCAUGCUGGGAUGUUUAGCAGCAGGUAUGGCCCUGGCUACCGGGACACUGAAUAUGGCGUGGAGACCGGUGGAGAUCCAAUGCACAAGGGUGAUGUUCCAGUGGCUGGAACUAGGGUUUGAAUGACUAUGUACUAAUUAAUGUAUAAGACUAAUAGAACCAUCCCGUGUCAAUUUCAUCCCUUUGUUUGGGACUACUAGGUCUGGUUUGGGACUUGCUCUCUAUGUUUAGUACAGUUCUGGUUAUGCAAGUAUAAAGUUGUGUGCAUUAUAUCAUGAAUAUAUACCUCUAUGGUCGUGUGCUUCAUUGGCCUAUAAAUAAUUGAUGUUUAAUGCUACAAGCAACUUUUGCCUA